UCUAUACUACUACUCCCUCAUAUCAUCUUCAUCAUCACGCCGUACUACACCGCCGGCUACACACACUUACGUACACAUAGAUAUACAUAUACACACACAUGACAACUUCCCAUCGAUCUUUUCACCGUCCUCUUCCUUCAUGGUCUGCCCUUUCGGCUUCCCGACGCUCUUUCACCGGAAAUAGCCAGCUUCCGAUCACGGCCGGCGACACAGACGAGAACCCCAUUUCUCCUCCGACACGGAUGGAGAAGUUGGAUCCGACCCGGGAGAUUAUAUGGUCCAAUGAAGCUACUAAAACGCUUAUAGAGACAUGGGGUGAUAAGUACAAGGAGCUUAAUCGCGGCAGCUUGAAGCAGACUCACUGGCAACAAGUCACCGACGCUGUCAAUCUCCGGCACGCAGGCGAGUUUUCGUGUACGGACGCUCAGGUGAAGAAUCGGAUUGAUACGGUGAAGAAGAAGUAUAAGAAGGAGAAAAUCAGGGUUCUCGAGUCAGCCGGAAAUUAUGUGCCCAAGUGGCCGUUUUUUGAUUUUCUCGAUUUUUUGAUCGGAAGUGCGGCUCCGGCGCCGGAGGAUGGGCAACCCAUUUGCCGGCGAGGGAGGAAAAUGAGUUUUCCGGCGACUUUUGAAAUUCCGGUGGGUCGCCGUAGUAAGCGGCUGGCGCCGGAAAUUGUGAUGGGGGCUGGUAAUGGGGAUGCGCGGAAGAGAAAGUUUGAUGCAAUGGCGGAGUUGGCAUCGAAGAUUGUGGCGGAGGAAGAGGAGGAUGGCGGGGAAGGGGAGAUUAGGAAGGUAGCGGAGGCCAUUGAGAAGUUUGGGGAGAGGUAUGAGAGGGUGGAGAGGGAGAAGAUGGAUCGCAUGAUUGAGUUGGAGAAGCAUAAGAUGAAGUUAGCUAUUGAUUUGAAUGUGCAGAUUAUGAAUUAUGUUUCGGAACUGAGGAUGAAGGUUGAUGGGAAUGAGCAAGUUGGAGCUGUUGAUGAUGAUAAAGAGAGUAAGCUGUAGAUGCUGUGAUGGUGGUGGAUCUUGGCCGAUCAUAGGCUAAUUUUAUGGGAGGAGAUUAUAUAUUAGAUGGCAGCUCUGGUCUGCACAUACAUAUAGGUAUAGUUUGGUUGCUUGGAAAGGUAAAUGCUAUAGAAAUCUGCUUACAGGCGGGUGAAACUUGUUAGGGAUAGUAUACCCGAAUAUCAGGCGUAGCUAAUGACUAGUUGUUCUUUUGAUAGCUAUUACUUUCUCGAUAAAUCAUCAACAUGAAUUGUUCUUCUAUGAACAUCUUUGUUUUUGGGCA